CUUCUGGAGCCAGUUGGGAACCUCAUCAAAUAAUUUCAUUAUAAACUUGAAAUCAGCCACACUCACCACUUGGCGGCGUUGUCUUACCUGCUCUCAUCAGGAAAAAAGCUUCCGGAACUAACGCGUUAAGGGGGCGUGUUUCUCCUGGCGUUGCCCGGCCCCGUUUCUACGACGCACGUCGCGGACUUUCCGGUUUUUCCUUCUUCUCGCGAUUCUUGCGUCACGGCCGUAGCCGGAAGUGACUCCCUUCCCCAAGGCUGUCCGGCUAGAACGUCAGGAAAAGACUAAAGAUUAAAUUGCAGGAAAAGAAAAAUAGAAGCCAUGUUUCGAAGACCUGUAUUACAGGUGCUUCGUCAGUUUGUAAGACAUGAGUCUGAAGUAGCUAGCAGCUUGGUUCUCGAAAGAUCCCUGAAUCGUGUGCAGUUACUUGGGCGAGUGGGUCAGGACCCUGUCAUGAGACAGGUGGAAGGGAAAAACCCAGUCACAAUAUUUUCUCUAGCAACAAAUGAGAUGUGGAAAUCCGGAGACAAUGAAGCAUACCAGAUGGGUGAUGUCAGUCAAAAGACAACGUGGCACAGAAUUUCAGUAUUCCGACCAGGCCUCAGAGAUGUAGCAUAUCAGUAUGUGAAAAAGGGGUCUCGAAUUUAUGUGGAAGGAAAAGUAGACUAUGGUGAAUACACGGAUAAAAAUAAUGUGAGGCGACAAGCGACAACAAUCAUAGCUGAUAACAUUAUAUUUCUGAGUGACCAGACAAAAGAGAAGGCAUAGAGUGGACAAUUCGUCUUUGGACAGUGUUUGUUAAGGGUUGCUAAGGGUUACAAGCAGAAGCCAUUUGGUGGUGCUUCCAGGAAAGUUCCUUAAAUGAGCUGACUCUGUUGGGAGGCUCAUCCUUUGUGCUUCUCCAGACUCUCAUCUGGCUUUUGCUUGUCUGAAAUGUGGACAUGAUGACUGGAUCUCCAGGAGCCAUCUUGGACCAGGAGACGAUCUUCAGGAUGGAAGACAGAAGAAGCUGGGAGCUGUGAUGACCAUGGAACCACCACACCUGUCCUGGACGGUCUGCAUCUGGACUUCUUUGGGAGACAAAUAAAUCUCUUCCUUGUUUAAGCCACGUACUUGUGCUUUGCAGUGAAACCUAAUCCUUACU